GAAAGGAGGUGGAGUCCCUUUGCGCAGACUCGGAAGCAGAGGCCUUGGUCAGCCCCGCUCGCGCCAUCGGCCUGGAGAGCGGCAGUUGCUGUGAGGCGCAUGGUGUUCCCCGCCAAGAGGCUCUGCGUGGUGCCGUCCAUGGAGGGCGUUCGCUGGGCCUUCUCCUGCGGCACCUGGCUGCCGAGUAGAGCCGAAUGGCUGCUGGCGGUGCGGUCGAUCCAGCCCGAGGAGAAGGAACGCAUCGGCCAGUUCGUGUUUGCCCGGGACGCCAAGGCGGCCAUGGCCGGUCGUUUGAUGAUAAGGAAAUUAGUUGCAGAGAAAUUGAAUAUCCCUUGGGAUCAUAUUCGUCUGCAAAGAACUUCAAAAGGAAAGCCGGUUCUUGCAAAAGACUCUUUGAAUCCCUAUCCCAAUUUCAACUUUAAUAUCUCUCAUCAAGGAGACUUUGCAGUUCUUGCUGCAGAACCUGAGUUACAAGUUGGCAUUGAUGUAAUGAAGACUAGUUUCCCAGGUCGUGGUUCUAUUCCAGAAUUCUUUCAUAUUAUGAAAAGAAAGUUUACCAACAAGGAGUGGGAUACAAUCAGAAGUUUUAGUAAUGAAUGGACUCAGCUGGAUAUGUUUUACCGGCACUGGGCACUAAAAGAAAGCUUCAUAAAAGCUAUUGGUGUUGGAUUGGGAUUUGAAAUGCAGAGGCUUGAAUUUGAUAUAUCUCCAUUAAACUUGGAUAUAGGCCAGGUUUAUAAGGAAACACGUUUGUUCUUGGAUGGGGAAGAAGAAAAAGAAUGGGCUUUUGAGGAAAGUAAAAUAGAUGAGCACCAUUUUGUUGCAGUGGCUGUUAGGAAACCUGAUGGAUCUAGACAACAGAAUAGUUCAUAUCAAGAUGAUUCUAAACCAUCCCAGAGGCAGUUUACCAUUCUUAACUUUAAUGAUUUGAUAGCAUCUGCUAUUCCCAUGACACCUGAGGAUCCUUCAUUUUGGGACUGUUUCUGCUUUACAGAAGAAAUUCUAGUACGAAAUGAUCACAGUUGGAUAUAACAGUUUAUCAUCAAAGGUUGUGAGGGAAGAACUCAAGGAGGACAAGAGUCUGGAAGCAAGAACUGAUGCAGAGGCCAUGGAGGAUUGCCACUGACUGCUUCUGUCUAUGGCUUGCUACGCCUGGAUUGUUUUGCUGCUGUUGUUUUAUAGAAUUUUUGCCUACCAGCCCAGGGGUGGCUCUACUUAUAAUGGGCUGGACUCUCCCACAUCAGCCACUAAUUAAGGAAAUGCCCUACAGGCUUGCCUACAGUCUGACCUUAUGAAAACAUUUUCAUGAGAUUUCCCUCUGAUAACUCUAACUUGUGACAAGUUGACAUAAAACUAUCCAGUGUAACCAUACAUCUAUUGAUUGGUGGGUAGAUUUAUUAUUCAGGUUUGUUUAGUAUAUAUGUCAAUGCCUAAACUGAGCUACUAUUGUAAUCUUUGUGUUGUGUUGGUAAAUAGUGAACAACCAACAAUACUGGGGCAGGCAUGGUAGAAUCUGGAAGACUCGUGUCACAUAUGUAACCAACACAUAAUACCAUAUUUUUUUUCAGAUAGUGUUUUAUUUUAGGAAUAAAGAAGAUACAGCCUGGUGGGCAAUCGUGGUGCAUACCUUUAAUCCCAGUACUUGGGAGGCAGAGGCAUGCACAUAGCCAUGAGUUUGAGACCAACUUGGUCUAUAGAGUGAGUUCCAGGACAGGCUCCAAACCUACUGAGAGAAACCCUGUCUAGGGGGGAAAAGUAGCCAAGAUCUGACUGAUGUACAGACACAACAAAUUUUUUUUGUUGUUUGACUUUCUUACAUACAUGCAAUGUAUUAUAAUCAUAUUCUUAAUGACUCCUUUCUAACAAGUCAUCCUCCUAUUUUGUGUUUUUUUUACUUAGUGUCACUUUUAUGUAUUUGGGGAAGCGGUUACUUCCUGGAGCAUGGGCAACUUACCAGUGAAUUGUUGGCCUGAGAGCCCCCAGAGCCUUCCCAGAUAGUAUUGCCAUUGCUCUUGGUUGCCUACAAGAAUGAAAUGGUUAUAAAAUCCUAUUGCUCAAGACACUAUAUACUUUGUAUACAUGGCUCAGAGAAAUCAACCAGAACUCAGCUGUGAGCUUCCUGCUUGCUGGAAGUGCAGGAAAGUAUAGUAUGGUUGCUGAAGAGUUAGCUCAGCUCUUAAGAGCUCUGCUGCUCUUCCAGAGAACCUGGGUUCAAUUCCCACCACCCAAAUGGCUGGUCAUAAUUGUAACUUCAGUUCCAGGUAGUCUGACACCUUCAUAUCAAUGCACAUUUAAAAAAAAAAAAAGCCCUAUGUAGGUUGCUGGCUGAAAUAAAUCAUAAAUGACUGGUGGUUUGAAUAGGCGUGGACUCCAUGGACUAAUGUGUUUGUUUGGCUUAUAGGUAUGGCUCUGUAAAGAGUAGGUGUGGCCUUAUUAGGAGUAUGUCACUGUGUGUGCUUUGAGGUCUCAUGCCACACCCAGUGUGGUACACAGUUCACUGUUGCCUGCAGAUCAUGGUGUGAAACUCUUCAGUUCCACUGCCUCCAUAUCUGCCUGCAUGCUUCCAUGGUUUUUGCCAUAAUGAUCAUGAACUAAACUGCUGCAGCUGUAAGCCAGUCCCAAUUAAAUGUUUUCAUUUAUAAGAGUUGCUGUGGUCAUGUCUCUUCAUAGCAAUAAAAACCCUAAGUAAGAAUGACUUUCCCAGCUGAGGCAAGGUGUAUCUUCUGGUGUAAUAGUAACAUGAUUGGGCAAUAAUCAACUACUUUUUACUUGAAUUGGAGGCCAUCUUCUUGUGGAUGAAUUCAUGCCUGGUACUGUAAAAGCUUAUGUCUGGUGAGAUCAUAGGCCCUAGAGCAAAUGUACUACUGAUAUUUGGCUACAUGGACAUGUAGCAAAACUGCCCCCUGGAUAUUUAUCUUUAUAUCCCUAGACUAGUGCUACUCACUGAGAGAGAAGCUUUUUGUUUUGUUUUGUUUUGUUUUCAGAGGACGAUAUAUAAUGCAGAGACUUGCAACUGUUGAAGUGCUGAGAAUAACUGCUGAAUGCUAAAUGACAUAUAUGUCACCCUCUCAAGGCUUAGGAAACAUCAAAGAAGAUAGGGUGGAAAGAUUUUUAUAAGCUGGAAGAUGGAAAGAGAAGAUGGAAUGAGAUAGAGUCUUGGAUAUUGCAUGGUUGCUGUAGUCAUGAACACAGAGCAUCUGUGACUACUUGUUUAAUACAUAUAGACCUACAUACAAAGACAUGGACUCAGAAUGGAGUUUACUUGUGAAGAACAUCAGCAGGAGUUAAGAGAUAAGAGGGUAAUGGGAUAAGGGGUGAAUAUGACCACAAUAUAUUCUAUAUGUAUAUGAAACGAUCAAAACUAAAUAAGUCCUUGUAAACACAUAUCAUUAGUAGACUGUUUGACACAAAAUUAACAUGGUAUCACUUAGGAUUGCAUUGUUUUUAAUUAUCUGUUGGAAUAGAAAUUUAUUGCUUACAAUACUGUUUUGUCGGUACUGAUGUUUUUUUGUUAAUCUAUUAUCUGUCUCUACUUAACCUAUACCUAUCUGUUUUUGUUUGUUUUAUUUUUUGAGACAAGGUUUCUCUGUGUUGCUCUAGUCUACAAGCUCUCAUCUUGUAGACUAGUCUGGCCUAAGACUCAGAGAUCAGCCUGUUUGUCACUUGAGUGCUGGCUUUUUAAUGAAAGGGUGAUAAAGAGUCAUUAUGUCUAUAUCUGUACUGUCUCUUCAAGGGUAAUCUAAAGCACUUUUAGAGUUUAAUAGACAAGGCAUUAUUCUAGAGGUAUUGGUAGCUUUAUAAAUUAAAUAAAUUCAGCCCACAUUGUUUGGGCAUUUACCAUGGAUAUAACUUUUGAGAAUUUGCUCUACACUGUGGAACAAUUUCUUUGGUACAAGGCCUGUUAUGUCAUCUAAAUGCCUAUAAAAUUUAUGUAAAAUGUUUGAAUAUACAUGUUCUAUUUGAUGGUAAUUGUAUUAAAUAGUUCUUCCCUCAUGUCAUCUCUAAAAGUGUGGUUGAAGACAAAAAUAAUACAAAUAAAUGCUGGAGGAAGGAGUGUAGAACAUUACACCAUCCUUGGCAUGCGAAAUAGUCUAAAUAUAUUCCUCAAAAAGAGAUUUCAAAAUACCAUAUGAAUUAAAUUUUCCACUUCUGGGUAUCUAGGCAUGCUAUAUAUUUUUUAUGUUUUUAUGAACCUAUUCAUAGUAAUCAAGUUAUGGAUUUGGCCUGAGUGUCCAUCAACAGAUGGAUGAAUACAAAAUUGUAUCCAAUUAAGUUUUAUUUAAGCAUAGAUAAUAAAAUUGUCACUGCAAGAAAAUGUAAUCAACUUAGAGAUAUUCAUAGGCUUGUAUUGCAGUUUGCUUUGAAUUGAAACUUCCUGACACUGAGGAAGUAAACAAAAUGUAAAACAUCCCAUAUGAAACACAACAGUUAAAAGAAGAUGCUGGGAUGCAGAGACUUUGACCAUCCUGUUGCGGGAGCUGUGAGCCUCUUCCCACUGCCCGGCUCCUGGCCGCCUGGCUAUAUUAUGCCCCAAA